AGAAUUAAAACACACUGGUGCAACUUGUGGAGUGCCAAAUGGAAAUGCUUCAGAUAACUGUCAUUGCUACCAUGUGCUUUGUAGCACAAGGUCAAGUCACAUACAAGGCGUGCUUGGACAAGAAUGGAAAGUAUAAAGCGGAGGCCUUCGAUUGCGAUGACAAACUGCCAAGAACAAUUUGCGAAAGACUUUACGAGGUCGCGGGCAUCGAGAGACCAGGUAUCGGAAAUCAAAAGGACAGGUUUUUUGCUUGUUGGACGAGUGAUGUAUUUUCAAAGGAAGUUAACAAAGAAAUUCUCAAGAGGGUUCUGGAUACCUGUCCAAGGACAUGUGCAUUAUGCUGCAAGACAGCCAAGUACGACUGUGAAGAUGACAAAAGAAGUGUGCAAAAGAACAUUCGGCUUUGUGAUGAAACAAUCAACACUACUCAAUCAGUUGAUUCUGAAGGGACUACCAUACCUGCCAUUGAUCACACCCCAGAGGUUCUGUGA